AAACCAGCAGAAGCCGCUCGUAGAGCCUGAAGCAUGCGCAUUGUCUGCGAGCGCUUUUGGUGGACCGAGCAUGCGUCCCAUAUCCAAAGUUGAUAAAUUGGAAUUGAACAUGCGUGAUUGACCUUUCGAAUUAAAAAAAAAAAAAAAAAAAAAGCAAAAUUCUUGAAGUAAAGGAACAUGCGCAUUCGCUCUCAGUGGUUUUUUUUAGUAUUGAAAGUGAGCAUGCGCAUAGUAAGAAGGUUGGAUUUGUGAAGUUUGAAUCCGACAGAAACCGCGGGGCCGAGGGUUGUAGGUUGUUCCCUUUCUGAAGGAACAGGCCUAAUGUGUGGCUCAGCAUGGCAGUCGUAACAGUGCAGCUUGGUCAGUGUGGCAACCAGAUUGGCUUUGAGGUGUUUGACGCUUUAUUUACCGAUUCACAGUGUUCCCAGGGAUUCUGCUCUAAGAGAGAGAAUGAGGCGUAUCAAGCAUCUUGCACAGAAAGAUUCUUCCGGGAGGAAAACGGAGUUCCAAUUGCCCGGGCCGUACUUGUCGACAUGGAACCUAAAGUUAUCAAUCAAAUGCUGUCAAAGGCUGCCCAGCCUGGGCGGUGGAAGUAUGAUCAGCAUGCGCGCUUCUGUCAGAAACAGGGUUCUGGAAACAACUGGGCAUAUGGCUACUCUGUUCACGGACCCAAGCACGCGGAGUCUAUCAUGAACCUAAUCCAGAAGGAAGUGGAGAAGUGUGACUCUUUGAGUGGUUUUUUCAUCAUCAUGAGCAUAGCUGGGGGCACAGGAUCAGGACUGGGAGCCUUCCUUACGCAGCACCUGCAAGAUCACUACUCAAAUGCUUUGAAAAUGAACCAGAUUAUAUGGCCUUAUGGAACCGGUGAGGUUAUCGUUCAGAACUACAACUCCAUCUUGACGCUGUCUCACUUGUACCGAUCUUCAGAUGCCCUCCUUGUCCACGAGAAUGAUGCUGUCCAUAAGAUCUGCGCAAAGCUGAUGAGCACUAAGCAGAUCUCCUUUCGGGAUAUAAAUCAAGUCCUCGCACAUCAGCUGGGAAGUGUGUUCCAGCCCACUCAUUCUGCAGAGUGCUCAUUUCACUACAGAACAAAUCCACUAGGAGACUUAAUGGAGCAUUUAGUUCCCCAUCCUGAAUUCAAGAUGCUGGGUGUUCGUACCAUUCCUCAGAUGUCUGAGACUUCCCUGCCCUACAGCACGUUUACUUGGAAUGGCCUUCUGAAGCGUUUGAGACAGAUGCUCAUUUCUAAUGCGAAAAUGGACGAAGGUAUUGACUGGCAAGUGCGGCCUCCUUUACCAAAACUUCCACCUCCUGGCAAAAUGUGUCUCAACAGGGAGCAGCAUUUUAACACCUCCCUUGCUAACUUGCUCAUCCUUCGUGGGAAAGAUGUGCAGAAUGCAAAUCUGGAGGGAUUCCGGGACCCAGCCCUGUACACUUCCUGGUUGGGGCCGGCGGACGCCUUCUCCGCAUGGAAGACCCCGCGAGCCUUUAACAGAUACGAGAGGUCCGCAGCCUUGGUCAGCAACGGCCAGUUCUUUGUGAGGCCGCUUGAUGCAGUUGUGGGCAAAGCAUGGAAUAUGUUCGCUUCAAAAGACAGGGUCUUACCAUGUUGUUCCUGUUGUUCUUGAACUAUGUACUGGGCUCAGAUGAUCCUCCUGCCUCAGCCUCCCGAAGAGCUGGAAUUACAGGUGCAUGCCACCACCCCUAGGUUCAGAGAAUUGCUCAGAUGUUGGAACUCUGUAAGUAUCCAAGAAAAGGGAAUGUUCUGUUUGUUCCCAUGUUCUGAAAGCUUCCCUCUUUACUCCAAAAGUGAUUCACUAAACAUGAACGAAACUUUCUCAGCACAAUUCUAAGCUAAGACUUUGCAAUUCUGCACUUAAAUAUAUUCAUGUUUGAAAUGAGUGCUUUGGACCACAAGAGGGAGAUGUUGUCAAAUGCUACAGUGUGAACGUCUACUUUGAAUUUUCUGUACUGGGAAGAGUUUUGUCUCAGCGUGUUUGUUUGGAGGUGAAUCUCAGGCCAGGCACAGCAGCAUGUACCUGCAGUUCUAGCUGUGUUCGGAGGGGAGGCGCUCUUGAGCUCAGGAGCUCCAGGCCAGCUGGGACAACAUAGCGGGGCCACCAGCUCAAAAAUUAACCAGUCAAUGGCAAGAAACAAAAAUUAGGGCAGGAGUAUAGGCUAGUGGUAGAGUACUUGCCUAGCAUGCUUGAGGCCCUGGAGUUUGAGUCCCACACCAAACAAAUACAUAAAUAA